AACCGAAAUCAUGGUGCCAACAUGCUGUCUGACUCUGCUCCAGAACCACAGGGGUCGGUGGAGGACAUUCUUUCGUCCAGGUAUUCAGCUGCACAGGAGCUUGACAGAUAAGAGUGACGGCGGUUGGUGGAGCUCUGUGUUUGGACACAAUGUGGAUGCGAGAAAAGAUGCCCACUCCAAUCUGCUGUCCAAGAAAGCAACCAGUGGCCUUUACAAAAUCCAGUUUCACAAUGUCAAGCCCGACUGUCUGGAGGCCUACAAUGAGCUAUCAAUGGAGGUUCAAAGAGAGCUGCACAAUGAUCCAGAUUAUCCCUGUGAAGUUGUGGGAAGCUGGAACACGUGGUACGGAGACCAGGACCAAGCAGUGCAUCUCUGGAGAUACUAUGGUGGAUAUCCAGCUCUGAUGGAAUGCUUGAACAAACUCAGAGGCAACAAGGCGUAUCUUGAGUUUCGCAAAGAGAGGAGUAAGAUGCUGAUCUCUCGGCAGAACCAGCUGCUUCUCGAGUUCAGCUUCUGGAACGAUCCUGUACCCCGACCUGGACCAAACAUAUACGAACUGAGAACUUACAGAUUAAAGCCGGGCACGAUGAUAGAAUGGGGAAAUCACUGGGCUCGAGCAAUCAAAUACCGCCAAGAGAACAACGAAGCAGUAGGAGGAUUUUUCACUCAGGUUGGAGAGCUGUAUGUCGUUCACCAUCUUUGGGCGUAUAAAGACCUGCAGUCCAGAGAGGAGACGAGGAACCUGGCAUGGUUCAAAGAAGGCUGGGAUGUCAGUGUACAUUACACAGUACCCUUAAUCCAGAGUAUGGAGUCAAGGAUCUUGAUCCCUACAAACAGCUCACCUCUGCAGUGACUCACAAGCUGGCAGUGUGUCUCGGUGAUGAUCCUAUGGAUUCUCCUCUCCUCUGAACUGCAAUAAACCUGCACCUGACAGCUUCAGCCACAAGAACAAUCAAUUACACCAUCAUUUGUGUGUUAUAAAAUAUUGAAUGAAAAACGAAUGCUCCUGUAAAUUCAGUUUUUAAUCAAUAUCAGUUGUUUACUUUGGAUUAUCAUGGAGUACAGCUCGGACAGGGCUACGAAUUAGAGGUAUCAGCUGCAGUCAAAUUUACUGCCUUAUCUUUGCAUAAGACAUUUGCACAGAUCUUUUUUUAGGCUGCAGUGGAGCAGGGUAAUGUGUGAAGGAAAACAGCUGUGCAGGAAAACUACUGCAGUCAACAAUAAAAAUGUUGUGACCAAA